GGAAGGCGCUUCUCUUUCUCUUCUUGUCUAUGGUGCUUAGCACAGCUGUAGGAGGCUGAGCUGCGCACUCCCCCUCCGCGAAGGAAGGCCCGGGAAGGUUAACAUCCGGCAAAGACUCCGCCUUCUCUCUGGGGAAUUGGAGGCGGCCCUUGACAACCGGUGCCAAUCACGUGACCGAGGCCGGACUGCCAGCUGCCGGGAGAGAAGCGGCGGUGUUUCUUGGGUGCGUUUGUGCCGCCGCUGCCAGCAGGAUGUCGGGCAAGGACAGGAUCGAGAUUUUCCCUUCGCGGAUGGCUCAGACCAUCAUGAAGGCCCGUUUGAAAGGAGCCCAGACAGGCAGAAACCUCUUGAAGAAAAAGUCUGAUGCUCUUACUUUGCGAUUCCGGCAGAUACUAAAGAAAAUUAUUGAGACAAAGAUGUUGAUGGGUGAGGUGAUGAGAGAAGCAGCUUUCUCAUUGGCUGAGGCAAAAUUCACAGCUGGAGAUUUCAGUACUACAGUGAUUCAGAAUGUGAACAAAGCUCAAGUCAAGAUCAGAGCCAAGAAAGACAAUGUAGCAGGUGUGACCCUGCCAGUUUUUGAGCAUUAUCAAGAAGGAGGAGAUAGUUAUGAGCUGACUGGUUUAGCCAGAGGUGGGGAACAACUGGCAAAACUGAAAAGAAACUACGCCAAAGCUGUAGAGCUCCUUGUAGAACUGGCCUCGCUGCAGACUUCAUUUGUUACAUUGGAUGAAGCCAUCAAGAUAACAAACAGGCGUGUGAAUGCUAUUGAACAUGUGAUCAUUCCCAGGAUUGAACGUACACUUUCUUAUAUAAUCACUGAGCUGGAUGAGAGGGAGCGGGAAGAAUUCUACAGGUUAAAAAAGAUCCAGGAAAAGAAAAAAAUAAUAAAAGAGAAGAAUGAAAAAGAACAAGAGUUACGAAGGGCUGCUGGAGAGCAUGAACCUGCCAAUUUGCUUGCAGAAGACAAGGAUGAAGAUCUUCUAUUUGAAUAGCUGUGAACAUCUGUGCUGAAGCAAGAGCAGUGAUUCACUGAGAUACGGUUCCAGACCUGCAGUGAUGCUUAUUUAUGAUGUGGUUCUUCAUUUGGUGUAUUACUCUGUGAUCUAGACUCUGGAUUUAAUCUAAGGGUUCUUCUAUUAUGGAAAACAGCUCAUGUUUGAUCACUGAAUAUGUGCAUGAAGCAGAAUCAUUUCCAAUUCAAUUUAUCCAACCAUUUCAUUUCUUUGGCCACAGAAGAAUUGGAACCUUUGCUUCUGCAGUGCUUUCAGCUAUUCUUAGACUCCACUAGAAGUGCUUGUACACCUGCUUUGUGUUCACAGUCAAAAUCAGGUACUGCAGCCUUGCAACCCUAUUAAAUACCAGUUAUAGCUGCAUCUUUUGUUACAAUUUAUCUUUCUUGUAAGGAAGGUCCUACUUUGGUUUCACGUUGUAGCUGUGUUGUAGCCAUUUGCCUCUGCUGCAGGAUCAGUAAAGGAAGCAGUGUCUAAACAGUUGUAUGCAUCAUUUGUCGCCACUGGCUGGUACAAUGACCACAGCAAUACAGAUACAUACUUUGGAGUAAUCCUAGUACAAGGGAAAACACAUUUAGCAUAACAGAUAAAGUUACAGUGAUUUAUUUGAUGCUGAGAAAUAUUUUACAUCUUUACAUUAGUGUGCAGUUCUUAACAUCUCAAAAUAGAGUACGUGGUAUCAAGCUACAACCUAGGGCUACCAUAAGUCAAGUUUUUAUGCCUUUUGUUAAGUCAUCCUAUUUAAACACAAUUACAUUCAUGUAUUGUCAACAGAGACCCAUUAGCAAAGGAAGUAAUCUAUCUAGAACAAAGUUUUACCAACUUUUUUGCUCUUUGUGAUGUGGAAUACCAUAGGGCAUAGGAACACAUUUCUUAUUUACUUCCCUUAUACAAGCACAUUCUUCUCCCAUGACAAGGUAAGAAAACACUCUUUUAUCAUGUACACUUCAGCAGAAGGAUUGAUGCAUUUUGAUUCAAUUAUAUUGGUCUUCCUUAAGACUUCACUGCAGCCUACCAGUGUUGCACUUCUAUAACCUGAGCUCAAUAUGAAUGUUUAGGCCAAACAAAGGCAAAGAACAGCAAAUACACUUUGUAGUUUGUUCAUUCAAAGACUAUAUUCCAAUUAAAUUUUAAACCAUAUCAAGAAUUCAAAAAACAGUAAUCAAAGAAAUAAAAUGAGUUUUAUUGCUUAACAUACUGAUGGUGUGGGAUACCAAUUGCAGCAUUUUACCUUUGAUUACAAUCAAGAUUUAAGUGAUAAUGUCACAUUUAACCUACAAUAUCAAAAAAGUUUUCAGAUUUUUUUUUUCUCAAGGCUACUGAAGUAAUUAGAAAUUUAUAUCUCACGAAUUAGAACUAUGCCUCUUAAAUGAGGGACAACCAAUACUUCGUAAUUCUAAGGAAAUGAUAAGAAAUAUAACAUUUUGCACCCUGACUAGGCAUACUCUUGUGCACAAAUUCCACUAACGUUAAAUACACAUUUUCAUGUCUGUAUUAAUUUUAACCAUGAUUAAUCUCUAAUCAGAAAAAGGUUGUAAUCAGUUUCAAAUGUCAGUUCAUAGACUUGCCUUACCUAUUGUUUAGGGAAUGAUAUGGUUAAGCCCCCACAGCCCAUUCCUGAUUUUUAAAUUAUAUCUGCACUGGCCCACGAUGUCUUAAUGCUCAUGACUAAAGAAACCCCACACCAACAUGCUCCUCUUUUCACCUGGCAUUCCAAGCAAACAAUUACUUGCAGGCUUUCUAGUGACACAGCUUAUUCUAUAUUAUUUCUUUCUCCUACCCAAAAGGCUUUAUUGGAUGGAGGCACAUCUGAGUGAUUUUGUGAUCUCUCUAUAAAUUUGUUGCAGUGUAAAAACUUUUUGUGUAUAGCAUACACAGGAGUAGAGCCUCUGGGUUCUCCUAAAUUUCUCUUCCUUCUCCUCUACAGUGAGGGCAUAGCUUCAUUUAUGAAAUUCUUCCAAUCCAUUUAAGUAAAAAUGAAGCUUUUCACAUACUCCAUGCACCAAUGAAUAAUAUGUUCAGCUGUGAAAAUGAAAAGUUAUCAAUCUUGUAAAUUUGUUCAAUUGAACCUUUUACAAAAAAAAAUGAAAUAUGGAAAGACAACUAAAUCCUUCACUAUUCUAUUCAUAUAUGUUGAAGUACUUCCAGUGUAUGACUGUAUAGAAAAAAAUAAGCUAUGACUGAAAAGAAAACUAUUAAUAUUCACAUUCAAGGAUGCCACCAAAAAAGCAACAAAAGUAGUAAAAUUCAAAAAGCAAGCUACACUUGGCAGAUGUUUUAUAAAUGUAAUCAACAUAAUAUUGGGACCUUCAAAGGUAUUUUCAAUUGCACGUAGAGAUAUGCUGGUUCUACAAAAGAGAAUAUGCCAAAUUUUUAAUUUAGCCAUUCACAUUCUCUCACUAUUAAUUUUAUUUUACAGUACCAAGGGUAAUAACUUGAUUUAAAUAACUCCAAUUAGCUACCUAUAUGACAAACAGCCAUGAGACAUUUUGUAACUGGGUAAAAAAAAUACAAGAAUAUAUUCUGAUGUUUAUCAUCCCAAAGUCUGUUUUCUUGGUUAUAAAAGACAUUUUACAUUAUAAGGAAGCAAAUCCUUUU